UCGAGCUCGGACGAAACUCCGUAGUCGUCUAGUGAUAAUUCCCAGCGACGAUCCUUUUGCUAUCAUUUGUCGGAAAACAAUUGAGGAUAGAGUGCUGAGUACAACCGUCAAAGCGCGUGAAAAGUGGAAAGUUUCAGUAACCAAACAUAGAUCAGAAGAGAAAAAUAACCUUUCGAACAUCGCGAACUUUGCUGGGCGCGUAACUGCUCAUCAAAAAGACAGGUGCAGCGAGAUCCUCGGCAGCUGAUAGGAUUCGUGCAAAAAACCUGAGCUUAUGAUGGAUGCAAACGUGAAUAAUUGAUAGCUUCGCGGCCACAAUAGAACGGCGUGCUGGUGGCGUGAUUGCAGUUGUACUGAAACCCCUUCGCACCUGCCCGCGGUUAAACGAUAUUCGAAUUAACGGAACUGGGUUCUCGGGGGUAGCGAUUGACUGCACUGCAGCAGUGUAAAUAGUUACUCCAUCAAUCCUUGACGCACGUGAAACGUGAAACAUCUACAGGAAGAUCGCUUUCGCAAUUCCCAAAGAAAAUGCGUCGAGCUCUUUUGCAGAUCACGGUCUGUUUGGUUCUGAUCGAAACACGAUAUGUCUGGUGUAAGCUAUCCAGCUAUAAAGCCAUAGUUCCACCGGCGAAGAUGAGCAAAACCGACGAGUUGACCAAGUUUGCAGAGGUGAACUACGACGACUAUCCGAUGGUAGUACCGAAGCGCGCUGCGAUGCUUCUCGACCGUUUAAUGGUAGCAUUGCACCAUGCGCUGGAGAAAGGCGAUGGCGAGGAUGGUGGUGUUCGCCCUAUCAACAAGGUGUAUCGGGAUGGUCGUUACGUUGGAAAGCCCACGGUUGCACUGAUACCGGCCAAAAUACCAACAUCCGCGAGCAAAACGGAGCAACUGAUGAAAAGCUAUUACGCCGAAGCGGAUGCAGAUUCCGACGCAGAAGACAGGGUCGCCAACAUCAUUCCGGAUGAGAUUGACGAUAUUGAGACACGGAAGGAGCUGCUGGAUGAGAUGAUGGACAUUCAAACCAGAGGCACGGAUGAUAAGACCAAAAAGGGUAGAUACUGGAAGUGUUAUUUCAAUGCGGUCAGUUGUUUUUAGAAUAGAUCACCGAAGAACGAAGAAGAGAUCGUUGUAAACUAUGUUAUAACUGACGAUCUAUGCCAGAAGAUCAAGGAGCAGCCACUGAACAUUGCUGGAUGGUGAUUAUUAUAUACAAGUAGGCAAGCAAUGGAAUCAGACAAAGCGAGGUCUUUCGAAAUAACCACGUUUAGACCCCGUCUCGAUCGAGUCUAUGUAUUUAAAAACAAAGUUCUUAUUACCAGGGAAAUACUGUGGAUAUGAGACUAUCUAUAUGGCUGUAUGAUGGAGAUAUCUACUGCUGAUUAUUCGGCUACGAUUCUAUAAAAUAACACAAUUAAAAUGUAUAAAACAACACGGGAAUUCUGAAAAUCAAUCAGUAUGUUUUUAUGAUGACAAUAGCUACAAACUUGUUUUGAGUUUUUCUGACUUUUGUUUUCAAUAAAAUUGGUUUUCCUUUAUGUCUUCUAAUAUGCGUGUUAUGAUUACUAUUUCAGAGUUAACUCAGUUCCAUUAAAAUAAGUUACUAGGCUUUGAGCUUGUAGCAAAAUUGAAAACCCACAACUCUCCUUCUAAAAUUUAAAUGCUCAGAAAAGGCAACUCGUAUUUCAUGUAUUCC